AUGAGAAACUUUUCCUCCUGCUUCAGCAAUCACUCUAUCAAACUCACCACCGCCGCCGCCCCCGCCGGAAACACCCCCACAAUCACUUCCAUCUUCAGAGCCAGGCUCACCUCCGGCAAGCCUCUCAUAAGCAAGCUCACCUGGUACAUGAACCAAACAGACCCAUCCCUCUCAAUUACCGUGGACGACAAUCUUGACUUCAACAAUCCAUGGAAGACCACUUCAAUGGAUUCCCAGCUGCUGAGGAAGAAGAAAGGCACCCUUUCCUUCCUCACCAGCUCCUCCUCCGGUUCUCUCCACUGGGACUUCUCAGCUGCCAGAUACCAACAGGGACGACCUGAACCCACUGAGAACUUCUACUUUGCACUCAUUAUCGACGAUGAAAUUGCUCUGCUUCUCGGAGACAAAAGUGGGGAGUUCCUGAAGAGGAGUAAUGAGAAUCUCCCAAUUGCAGAGUUUUCAUUGCUGUGCAGGAGGGAAGAAGUGGUUGGACGCUCACUUAACUCCAUUACUAGAGCUAAGUUUGGCGAGGCAGGGAAGGAUCAUGAGAUCAGUAUAAGAUGUAGAGAAGGUGGGUGGGAUGGCAAAGAAGCAGAGCUGCUGGUUUCCAUUGAUAAGAAGAGAGUGGUUCAUGUGGUGAAACUGAACUGGAAUUUUCGCGGCAAUGAGACUAUUUUUGUUGAUGGAUUGCCAGUGGAUAUGAUGUGGGAUAUGCAUGGCUGGUGGUUUGGCAGCUUGGCUGGCCAUGCUGUGUUCUUGUUCAGGCAGCGGAGGAAGCUUGAGACCAGGCUGUGGUUGGAGGAGAAGGAAACUCUUGGCUUCUCCUUGCUCAUCCAGGCCUUCAGAAGCACCUUUUGAACUGUAAUUUGGUCAUCGUUUCUUCUGAUAUCAUCUUGGGGGAUUUACAUACAUAGAACUCUUCUUUCACAUGUUGCCUGACCAACUAGGCCGAGUCAUUGGAUUAAUUAUUCUGUGCGGAUACCGAACGCCGUUCGGAAACCAAUCAGAAUGCACAACGUCACCUUGUGCUCGGUACUGUGGCUCGAUAUUGCUCGGUACUGCUGACGUGGUCUCCAGAUGGCGUUCUGCGUCCGGUCUCCGCACAGAAUAAUUUCUGGAGUCAUUGAGGGUGAAAUCAAAGACGGUGUUACUGCUAGUAGAAGUGGGUGAAUAGGUUUUGGGUGGCAGUGGAAGCUCUGUUUCAAUAGGGAAGAAGAGGGAAGGAGGUCAAAUGCCUUCCUAAUGAGAUCCCGUUGCAACUUCCUCGUGUCAGGUGAGAUCUUUUGUGACUUCUACUUCAUCGUUGAGGAUUUCAAAGUGCUAUAUUAUAUAAAUGUGAAAAUUUUGAGUGCUAUGUAUGUAAAUUUUUUAAGAUGUUUCAUGUUGAUGAUGAGGGAGCAAUGUUCAG